CAUAUUCUCUCCCCAAUCAUAUCUGCGAUUAUUAUAUCCAAAAUCCGCCAUGAAAACCGAUUCGAAAUCCAGAUAUAUUCCUCUUCAACUCGGAUUCUUUUUUCUCGUCUCGCUAAUCGCGUCAUCCGAUUCGUCUCUCGAGUACGACUAUUACCGCGAUUCAUGUCCUCAUUCGCACCACAUUAUCCGAUCAGCUGUUCGCCGGAUUUAUGAUCGGAAUUCUACUGUAGCUCCGGCUAUCCUCCGUCUAGUUUUUCACGAUUGCUUUGUUCAGGGAUGUGAUGCCUCGGUGCUUUUGGAUCGUACACCGUUUAUGGAAAGCGAGAAAGACACUCCACCAAAUCAGUCUCUAAAAGGAUUUGAUCAUAUUGAUAUUAUUAAGUCCGAAUUAGAAAAUGAAUGCCCUGGUGUUGUUUCUUGUGCUGAUCUUCUUGUGAUUGCUGCUCGUGAAAGCGUGAUUUUGGCUGGUGGGCCGUUUUAUCCUGUGCAUACCGGUAGAAAAGACAGUGAUCAUUCUUUCCCUCAACUUUCGUACGAGCUUCCUAGUCCCUUGGAUGAUCUUCCAACAAACAUUGCGAGAUUUGCAACUAGGGGUUUUACAGAAAAAGAAACAGUCACUCUCUUAGGUGCUCACAGUACCGGAAUGAUCCACUGCAAGUUCUUUGAAAAGAGGCUCUACAAAUUUGGCGGGACUGAUCAACCAGACCAAUCUAUUGAUCCUGAAUUUGCAGAACUCCUAAGAUCUGUAUGUAACAACAGCCACUCAGACUCACAGUCCCAAUCGCCAUCAGCCUCACCAUCACCAUCACCGUCAACUACUUCAUCAAAGAUUCAUCAAGAGCGGGCAAUGCAGAUGGAUUAUGAAGGAGCAGGAUCAGGUUUUGGGACUUUAUAUUACCGCAGCCUUCUGCAGGGUAGGGGUAUUCUGUUUGUUGAUCAGCAGCUAACAGCCGGGGAAGAAACUGCAAAUUGGGUUAGACAAUAUGCAUCGGAUGUUUCUAUGUUUCGUAGAGAUUUUGCUCAGGUGAUGAUGAAGCUUUCAAAUACCCAAGUGCUAACUGGACCCAAUGGUGAAGUGAGGCGUAACUGCAGAGAAGUGAGUUCAUCUUUGUGGUAGGCUGCACCUUUCUACAGAUGAUGGUAUAUUUUUUGACCACUUUUCAUUGCUUAUAUCAUGUACUGUUAUUACUCAAAUGUUUGGUCAUACUGUAGUCUCAAUAUCUUAUAACAAAAAUACAGUUUGUACUUGGUUACGGACAGAC